GUGCUGUACAGCACUGCAGCAGCGCAGUGCCGGCUCCAGCGGUGGCAGGAGGCCAGAGUCACCCUGGAUAAGGCCGUUGUGUGGAGACCCGAGGGAAGAACAGCAAUCCUGGACCUGGCCCUCGAGCGGGUGCAGGACCGUCUGUUUUUAGAGCCCUUGCAGGUUCCUCUUGGGGAAUUUUUCAGACCACGAAAGAAGGAAGUUGAACAGCUGGACUCAAAAGAUUUCCUGGGUAAACCCAAGGUGAUCUCGUCCAUCAUCCCCAAUGAUGAGUACAUCGGCUUCGAGCCUCUCAGGCCUCAGAAACAAGGCUUUUAUGAACCCAGUGCGGAUGCUCUGCGAGACAGACUUGAUGGCUACUGUCGAGUUUUGUCCCGUUAUUACCCUGAGGACACGGAGAAGUUGUCAGUGAACGCUGGCAGUUUGGUCUUUGUCCUGACAAGAGGAGCAGACGGCUGGGCUACGGCCAUACACGAUGGACAGAAGCUACGAAUACCGAGCUCUCUCCUGGAGCCUGCCUCAGAGGUGGAUAAAUGGAAGAUCAGCAAUGGGAUUCCCCUCCCACCUGCCCAGGAGCCUCCCAGCCGACUCCAUGUGAAGCAGAAGCCAGGAUCUCCUGGGGGAGAAGAUGCCUCUGCAAACGAUGCUGAUGCCCAAGUGGACUUCACGAUCUCGCCAACCCCCGGAGAAGCUUCAUCCAGCCCAGACAGACCCGUUGUGCUGCAAGCGCGCUGCGAGUGCACCGUGGUGGUGAGGGCGGGCGAGGUGCCGUCGCUGCCGGACCUGCGGGCUCUGCUGAGGAAGAGGUUUGCUCAGCAGGCAGAGCAAGGGAAGCUGAGCUACAGGCAUUCGGAUGGCAAGGAGCUGGGUGCAGUUUUGGGAGACGAGGAUCUAGGGAAGAUGUGGCAGCAGCUGACAGAUGGCGGGCUGACGCUCUGCUGCCAGGACUCGGACUUCCACUCAGGCAGACCUGUUCUCUACAGAAUGCUGGCUCAGCACUCUUACCCUGCGCAGGGACCGGGCGACCUGGAGUUCAGCAAGGGAGAUGUGCUGGAUAUUCUCUCUGAAGGUAACAAUCCCGUCCUGUGCAGGCUUGUACUGAGGCAGGCUUUUGGAGUGUGCUGCAGGGAGGGACUGGGAAAUAGAUGGUCUUCCAGUGCUGCCUCAGUGAACAAGGACUGGCUCGAAGGCUGCUGCAAUGGCAAGACUGGCAUCUUCCCCAAAUGCUUUGCAACUCAGACCGGUUGUGGUGCUGCCUCCCUGUAG